UCCUUUUUAUUUCUUUCAGUCCUGCCUCGCGCUUGAGUUCUACGGACUCUCCUCAAAGCACUAAUGAGGAAUAUGGCCUCAACAGGGACCCCUGCACUAGGAUUGUUUGUCGUGGCUGUUCUGAUGAGCUUUCAGAAAUCAUGGGCCAUCAAAGAGGAUCAUGUGAUCAUCCAGGCCGAGUUCUACCAGAGCCCAGACCAAUCAGGCGAGUUUAUGUUUGACUUUGAUGGUGAUGAGAUUUUCCACGUGGACAUGGGCAAGAAGGAGACCGUCUGGAGGCUUAAAGAGUUUGAACGUUUUGCCAGCUUUGAGGCUCAAGGUGCCUUGGCCAACAUAGCUGUGGACAAAGCCAACCUGGACAUCAUGAAGAAACGUUCCAACAACACUCCCAUCGUCAACGUACCUCCAGAAGUGACUGUGCUUUUGCACGACGUCGUGGAAGCUGAACAGCCCAACGUCCUCAUCUGUUUUGUUGACAAAUUCACCCCCCCGGUGCUCAAAGUCACCUGGCUUAAAAAUGGAGCACCCGUCACCACAGGAGUGUCCGAGACCGUCUUCCUGCCCAGGGACGACCACCUGUUCCGCAAGUUCUUCUAUCUCCCCUUCCUGCCCUCGGCAGAGGACUACUACGACUGCCAGGUGGAACACUGGGGUCUCGACACGCCAAUUCUCAAGCACUGGGAGUUUGAAGCACCAACCCCUUUCCCAGAGACAACAGAGAACGUGGUGUGCAUCCUAGGCCUGGUCGUGGGUCUGGUGGGCAUCAUCGUUGGUAGCCUCCUCAUCAUCAAGGGUGUCCGCAAAGGCAAUGCUGUUGAACGUCCCCGUGGGCCUCUGUGAGGUUGUGUCCUUUCUUAGAGAGAAGAUAAAUGAAGAAAAUUCUGCUUCAAUACCUUUCCAAAGUCAGCCAUACUCCAAUCGUUCACGUCAUUGAAGACAGCCAUUGUUCAGCCCUAUCCCAGUGUCAACUACAAGCGUGGUGCUGCCUUCCCCCGGUCGUGGCAUCCAAUGACAUCUAUUGGAUGUAUCUUUCUGUUGCCCCUUCUUGUGUUCUAAUGCCUCUGGAACAAAUCCCACAGAACCACCUCUGUUCUAUGGAACCUUCUGCACGUUCUAUCAAGAACACUGCUUGGAUACUGACUGCUUGAGGUUUCUCCAAACAGAUCUUUUUCCCUGUGCACAAUAAAUUGUUGGAUGGGUCUUCAGUGUA